AAGUUGGAUUGUUUGGUUAUCCAGUUAGUGAUGAAGGGUUUGUUGGAUUAUUUGGAUAUCCAGUUAGCGAUGAAGGGUUUGUAAUGGAUGAUGCUUCUGUUGAAUCUUUAGCAGUUACUCCAAACAAAAAUAUUUUAAAGCCUUCGGUGAGGAAAAGUUUUCCAGAGACCUGGAUUUGGAGUGAUAUCUUGACAAGUGAAAGUGGAGAAGCCGUUUAUGAAACAACAGUACCAGAUACUAUAACCUCUUGGAUUUGUUCAGCAUUUGCCAUUAAUGAAGAAAAUGGACUUGGAUUAGCACCUUCACAACUUAAAUUGCGCGUAUUUCGCCCAUUCUUCCUUCGUUUGGAAUUACCAUAUUCUGUAAAAAGAGGAGAGAAAAUGGCCUUACAAGUCCUUAUAUUUAAUUAUUUGGAAACUGAACAAGAAGUAACAGUUACUUUAAAACCAAAUCCAGGCUUUGAAUUACUUCAAAAAGACGGCUCACCAUUGAGACCACCUCGGCAAGAUUUAAAACAAAACAACGGAAAUACCAAAACGAAUACUGUUUUGUAUAGUAGAUCGCUUUCUGUGCCUGGAGGGGGUGGCACUAGAGCUGUAUAUUUUCCUUUAAAGUUUACUGAAAUUGGACAGAUACGUCUUUCCUUGCAAGGACGUGCUGAACAGGCAAAUGAUGCAAUUGAACAAACUUUGUUGGUUGAACCAGAAGGAUAUAGAGUUGAUAGAAAUAUACCUUUAGUUAUUGAUUUAAGUCAAACAACAGAAUUAACAACAUCAACAACAGAAGCAAAUGAACAACAAAAUAUUCAAACACCUGAAUUACAACAACAACAAUCUCCACCACAAUUUCAUCAAAUUUUAGAAAUGCAAUUCCCCGCAGAUUAUGUUACUGGCUCGAAGAAGGCAAAAUAUAUUUUUGUUAUUAACCCCUUCAGAAUAUAG